AUGGAUAAGAGUUCGAUUUCUAAUAACAAUAGAUUGUCUGCCAAGUACAAUAAGGGAUUGCAAAAAUUCAUUAGAUUAUCAAGUAGUCAUCUGAAUGAGGAGAAUAAGAUUCGGUGCCCAUGUGUUAUGUGUAUGAAUUUAUACUUUCAUGACUUACAGACAAUUGAGCGUCAUAUCUACGUAAAAGGGUUUUAUACUCGAUAUGUUAACUGGGUACAUCACGGGGAAGAUAUUUUAGAAGAAAGUGAUCAUGAUAAUGAUGAUGCUACUGAUGUCGAAGAUUUCAGUGAUAUUGGCGAUAAUAAUAAUGACAUUGACCAUGAUGACAAUGAUGAUAUGAUCCCAGCAAUUGAAGACUUGGCUCAAGAAGUUCCUACACAUAAUGCUUCUGAGAAUUUUGAGGAUUCAAGUCAUAAGGAGAAAUGGAAAAACUUCCAUAACUUAUUUGAUGAAGUAGAAAAAGAAUUGUAUCCUGGAUGUACAAAGUUUUCAAGUUUGACUUUCAUGGUUAAGCUAAUGCAUAUAAAAGUAUUGACUAGCUUGAGUAUUAAAGGCUUCGACAUGAUUCUUGAGCUUCUUAAGGAUGCAUUUCCUGAUGAUAACAAAAUCCCAAAUUCUUAUUAUGAGGUUAAGAAAAUAUUGAGUGGUCUUGGUUUAGAGUGCGAAACAAUAGAUGUAUGUAAGGAUGAUUGUUGUUUGUACUGGAAAAACAAUAAAGAUGCUACAAAUUGUCCUAUAUGUGGUCAUGAAAGAUAUGAGUACCAAGGAACUAAAGGAAAAAAAAUACCACAUAAAAAGAUGCAUUAUUUUCCAAUAACUCCCCGUUUACAACGACUUUUUAUGUCAAGACACACGCGGCGGAUAUGA